CGUACACAAUGGGCGUUUAUAUGACUCCAAUGGAGUUUCCCAUCUCCUCAAAAUUAUCUAUUUUACCACCAGGAAGCAAGCUGUUCAGCUAAGAGUGUAUAACGUUAGCAUCUUCAACAUGCAUCAGGAGGAGUUGGAUUUGGAAAUAACCAUGUCACGUUUGCUACAUUGAAGAAACCUUUGAUUGCCGAUGAUGGUAACCCAAAACCACAUGAGAGAAGAAACAACUGAUAAAGCUAUUGUCUGCCCUUGAGGAAUCCUCUUAGUAGAAAAAUCUAGUCAUAUACUGGAAAUAUGCAAGCCUACCUACCUGGCAAUGCAUCUUCCUGAUGGGGUGUAAUGCUACUUCUGUGUACCAAAAUACAGUACUACUUUAAAAUGCUAUAUUCAUAGCUUAGGCCUACUUGUGUUGAACAGAUCAUCACUCAAUAUAACAUUUAAAUCUGCAUCAGUAGUCUAGAAACUGUCCCACCAUUUUGGUUCAGUCAAACACACUACUAUAUUUCACACAUUUCUGACAGGGUUAGUAAGAUCAGCUUCCUGGCAAGAUGUUUUCAGCUUUGAAGAAGUUAGUUGGUUCUGAACCAGGCCAGCCGAGGGACAAGAACAUCCCUGCUGGCAUGCAGUCCAUGAACCAGAGUUUACAGAGACGCUUUGCCAAAGGAGUACAAUACAACAUGAAAAUAGUUAUCCGCGGAGACCGAAAUACUGGCAAGAGCACUCUAUGGCAUCGACUGCAAGGAAAGAAAUUCACGGAUGACUACAUACCCACUCAAGAGAUCCAGGCGACCAGCAUCCAUUGGAACUACAAAACCACUGAUGACGUGGUCAAGGUGGAGGUGUGGGACGUGGUGGAUAAAGGCCAAAAAUACCCUCUCCCUGAGGGUGUAGGCAGAGGUAAAAAGCGAGGGGACACUUUGAAAGUGGAGAAUGAACCCCAAGAGUCUGACGAGGUGGCCUUGGAUGCAGAGUUCCUAGAUGUUUACAAGAACUGCAACGGUGUGAUCAUGAUGUUUGACAUUACCAAGCAAUGGACAUUCAACUACAUCCUGAGAGAGCUGCCCAAAGUACCCACUCAUGUUCCAGUGUGUGUCCUAGGUAACCACAGGGACAUGGGUGACCACCGUGUCAUUCUACCUGAUGACAUCCGCCAGGUUAUCGCUAAUCUGAAUAGACCCAUGGGUUCUUCUUAUAUUCACUACGCUGAAGCCUCUAUGAAGAAUGGAUUUGGUUUGAAAUAUUUACAUAGAUUUUUCAACAUUCCUUUCCUGCAACUUCAGAGGGAGACUCUGUUACGGCAGCUCGAGACCAACCAGUUAGACAUGGACGCCACUCUGGAGGAGCUCACCGUGCAGCAGGAGACUGAGGAUCAAAACUAUGAAAUUUUCUUGGAGAACAUAGAGACCCGCAGUAAAGGCUAUGGUUCUCCUGGUCCAGCCAACGGCCAGAGCCCCUCCUCGGGCUCCCAGUCCCCUAUCGUCCCUCCAAGUGGGGCCUCCACUGGCAAUUCUAGCCCUAGUACCCCUCAUCAGCCACCCAUCGCUGCCCAGGUCCCCGGCCUCCAGGCCCCCUCGCCCUCGCCCUCUCCUCCGCCUCCUGCCCUGCCAGCUGGGAUGGUUUCCGCCACAGCUGAGCUUCAGUCCCCAACUCUGACGCAGGCUCAAAGUCCUGAGCAUCCUGGACCAUCACCGUCUCCCCCAGCCUCGGCCCCUGCCCAGGCCCCGCCUCCUCAGAAACGUGGCCUGAUCUCACGCCUCUUUGGCUCCGCCCCUGCCCCAGAGGUGCCUGCCGCCAUGCCAGAGCCGGAGCCUGCCCCCGUGUGUCCUGCUAACGUUCAGAGUGUGGAUGACUUUGUGCCAGAUGAGGGUCUGGAUAAAAGCUUCCUGGAGGACAGCCUUCCCUCUAAAGUCAAGGUUCCCCAACCUGCACUGGAAAGUGACAGUGAUGGAGAGGACAGAGGGAACCCCAUGGUGGCAGGUUAUCAGGAUGAGUUAGACCCAGAUGACAAGGAGCUGCCCCUGCCCAACACCCUGGGCCUUCUCACCAGUAAAGACUUCACUAUGUCUAGCGAUGAGGAGGAGGUGGAAGCACAGCCCCCACCACCAUCACCACCAGUACCUGCUGUCACUCAGGUUGACCACCUCAACCUUGACAGUGAUUCAGAGCUGAAACAACUGGGCACUGAGUCCAUAAUGCCCCAUGCCAUGGAGCCCCAAGCUCCGGAGCCUUUGGCACCUGCUGACCAACUCUUGGAGAACACUGUCCCCCAGGUGGCUGAGCCCAUCACCCUCACCCUGACCUCUGCACCUGCAGUAGCCCUGGAGCAGCCAGGCCCACCCAGAGGGAAAAACGGAGGAACCCCUGGGGCAGACUCGGACUCUGACCCAGGGGCCCCUGUUGCUGAACAGAUGCUCUCCUUCGUCAUGGAUGAUCUUGACUUUGAGUCUGAGGAGGAGGCAGUCAUCCAGAAGAUAACUAAGGAGGUUUUCCCAGUCAGGGAUGAAGUACUGUCUGAUCUGGAGCUGUCAGAUGAUGACAUCCCUCCAGCCACGCUGAUCCCAGAGCCUCUGAAGCCCACACCGGUCCUGAAGCCCUCCUUUAAGAGCAAGAAUGAGACAGACCUGUUUGGCUUGGGCUUUAAGGAGGAAGAAGCCCCCAAAGCCAAGGACAGCAGUGAGGACCAAGAAGAGAAGGAAAGCAAACAUUCCUCAAAAGAAAAGAAGAAAAAGAAGAAGAAAAGCAAAGAAGAGGAUGAGAAGAGCAGCAAGAAGAAGCAUAAAAAGGACAAGAAGAAGGAGAAAGAUGAGACCGGAACAGGUGAUGACAAAGAGAGGAAAAAGAAGAAAUCUCGGACCAAGAAAACCGGGGACAUGGAUGACUUGGAGGAUUUCUUGGCUGGAGGGGAGGGGUCAGCAAAUAGAGAGGGCGGAGACUAUGAAGAACUCUAGAACCCAAGUCAUCCUUUUUUGGAACUUGACUCUGAAGAGCUGCAGAACCCAAGUUGUCGUUUGAAACUUGUAUGGUUCCUAGAACCAGAUUCAUUUGUGCACAAGCAGCAUCCGCAAGCCAUACCCAUGGUUCAUGGUCACCCAUUCCCAGGCAAAAACCUAGACUCUGCGGUGGCUGUAUGAUGCAUUAAUAUUAUUUCCCAUGAGCACUACUGAUGCUGUAACACAUGAUCUUUGGAUGAGAUGAGAUGAGAAACUAGGUUGAAGAUAAAAUCAUGUUACCUUCAACCAAGAGGAGAAAAGGGAAGGAAAUGACUGACACCCACUGUGAUGCAAGCUAUAUGUUCACUACUGGGUAUGGAAGUUAGUAGAGCCACUAAGGAAAUAUUUUUAUUUUGACGUUUAACUUAAAAUGUGUAUUUGCUUACUGUUUUCUUUUCUUUUAACUUUUGAAAUUAUGCUCUCCUAAAUGGAACCACUCCAAAUGGGCUUGGCAGGGCUAACGUUUUUAUCUGAAUGUCCUCUAUUUGUGUAAAAAUUGCUUGAGAGCAUGCUCUUGUAAAGUGAUGAUUGCUUGACAGUGUUGAUAUUACGUAGUGGAGUAUAUACAUGUUAGAUGGUCAUAUUUCACAUAUUGAAGAUUGUCCUCUUACUUUGAUCCACUGGUUUUGUUUCUCUGACUCAGUGAUGUAAUGGUUGUUGAAAGUUGUGCUGCAAUUUAAUUGAGUUUUUCUUUUUUUUGACUAAGUACUAACUCGCUCCAUUUGAUCAUUUACUCCCCCCACCCCCACAAUGGAACAGGUCCCCCAAUGCACCAUUUUACAGCUACAUUGACUGUAUUUUCAGUUUGUCUGCAUCCCAAAUGGCACCCUAUUCUCUAUACAAGGCAGUACUUUUAACCAGGGCCCAUAGGGCUCUGAUCAAAGUAGUGUAAUAUAUAUGUAAUAUAUAUAUAAGGAAUAGGAUGCGAUUUGGGAUGCUGCCUUUGUCACCUUUUCUACCGCCUCAGUACACAUUUCAGUGUGUUUUAAUUAGAUGCCUUAAAAAGAGGUUACAUACAACAUACGUACAUGUCUGCAAUCCUCAUCAACCAUGUGUUAAGUGUUCUUAUGGUAAGUCUAGACUAUAAUGCAUCAGAACUGACAGGAAGUAGCUUCAGACAGGUGUAACUGUUAUGUCACUGAAAUGUAUCAUAUACUGUCUUUUUUUGUUGUUGCUGAAACCAGUACCAAAACCUUGGCAGCACACUACAUAAUAUAUGGAAAUGUUUGCUUUUAUAAAGAGCUGCUGCUUGGAGAUAAUGUUGUUUUAUAUUGUUAAGGGACUCCUACCAGUUUAUAAAUGAAUGAUUGCAAAAGUCAUAAACUGCUUGCACAAUAAGCUAACUUAAAUAAUGAACUGCUACUUCAUAAUUUUUCUCAAUCUUUUUCUUCAUUCCAAGGCUCCUAUUGUUCUUGUGUUAACUAUAACAUAACUGUUAUCAUGUCUGUCUCAUCAUGAGGUUCCAUUAACUUUACCUGUGCUUCAGAUGCCCAUUUGAAAUAGAAUGUCUUGCAAUUGCUGUAUUUCGUGGAGAUUUUUCAAUGGCAGCCUACUUACAUUGAAUGCAGCUAUUUUUGGACUUAAACAUGUCAACAACAGUAGUGCUUCAUUAAUACUACUCUCAUCUAUGGCAUUUAUCUUUAUCAUGUUUUCCUGAUGAGGAAAUACAAAUGGGAUUGAUUAAUACGUAUGAUGUGGUUCUUUGUCAUCUGGUUUGACUGAAAAUAAAAGGUUUCUAUUGCCCGCUCCAAAUUUAUACAUAUUCCCCAUGUGUUAGUGUGCUAAAGCAGGUUGACUAGUUGCAUCACAAAAAAUAUUAUGUAAAUACAUCACUGCAAAUGAAAGCAGUCAUUCAAAUCUGUUUACAUUGCAAAGAUACCAUGCUAUUCUGUAAUGAUGACAGACACCCAUCAAUGCAAUUAAGAGCAGCAUGAAUUCAUAUCAGACAAAAUAAAUGCAGGUGGUAUUCAGGAAUGAUAUACAGUACAUAGCUUUUAUUUCCACAAUGUUACAAGGUAUGUUUAUUAACUGACGUGACAGACUUUUAGAUUUAUUACAUACUUGUCACUUUAGAUUACACUCAACGAUUUAAAAUGUAUCUUUCAAAAUAUUAAACUAUGCAUUCAUCUUAAAUACUGCUGCAUUGUCUGUCUACUGUUGUCAUUCAAUGGGUGGUUCAUUAGGCAAAAUAAUGCUAAAAGCAAAGUUCCAAUUGGCGCAUGAGGAUUAUGUUGUACAAUAAGAAAAUAAUGUAUAGAAAGGUACGUUGAUAUUUAUUUUCAUCCCAUGAAACUUUUCCAUGUUUUAACUGGAUGUAAACUUGUGUUUGGCUUGUCCUAAUAAAUGCAAACUUAUUUCUUCA